CACACGCUAGUGCUCCAUAGCCUCUGUGAAAUGGUGUGUUAAACUUCCUGGCAUUACUAUGGAGAGCUGUCACGAAGCCUCCAUGUCGCAGUAUCCCUCCCUGUGAUGACGCUGGAUUUCGCUGAUAUCAUGGGUGAUAUCUCGUUUCUUCCCUUGCUACUGAUAAUACUAUACUCCGUACUGUGGAAGGAACCCGUUAUGCGGCAUUGUUACGCCUGGUGGUCCUUCCCUUGCGUUUUCUAUUUUAUUUUUUAUUUGCUUCAUUCUGUGGAAGAACCCGGUUUAUGGCAUUGUUAUGCCUGGUGUUCCUUCCCUGUCUUUUCUCCGCUAUGCCUCGCACUGUGGAAGGAACCCGUUAUUCUGCGUUGUUACGUCUGGUGGUCCUUCCCUUGCGGUUUUUGCAAUAUCUUCUCUUCUAAGCUCCGCGCUAUGGAAGGAACCCGUUAUUCGGCGUUGUUACGUCUGGUGGUCCUUACCUUGCGGCUUUUCUUUGUCACUAUGUGGAAGGAACCGUCUCCUAUCUUAAUGGCACGACGAGAUCAACCCUAGGGCUAAAGGUGCCAUCAUUCGCCUCUCCAUGAAAUGGAGUUUGUGGAUCGCACACCCGUCACAAAAGCAUAGCUCGUCGUACUAAUCUCACAUCGCACGUGUGACACCUGUUUUUAUCCUUUCAUAUCCUUGCUGUCGAGGUCCU